AUGCAAGUGCAACACAAAAGGCUUGGUACACAAGCAGGGCCUGUUCCAUGCAGAUUCACAGUCCCACUUCAUGAACCCUCUGCACCACUAUCUCCUGAUGUUCAAUUUCGUGAUCCUGUUCAAACAUCCAACUGUGCUGUUGAGCAAGAGAUGCUUGACCACAGUGUAUUAACAGGUGAAGAUUUGGACCUCAUGGUCUACAGCAGUGACUUGCCAAACCUUGGACCAAAUUUUCACAGCCCUGAAGCAUUGCUUGCAGCAGUGGAUCAUUUUUCCAAAUAUAAUGCUGGUACAGAGGCUGGUGCACAUCUCUUGACAGCACAUACUGCCCAUUACCUACCCCCUGAUCCAGAGCAGUGCACUGAACAGGCUGAUGACAACAUCAUCAAAGAGGAGCUGCUUGAUGUGGAUGCAGAAUUUGAGGACUUACAGGGUUAUGAAGAUCCUGGCAAUGCUGAACCUGAAAAUGUGCUUGUAACAACUGGACAAACAAAUGAAGAUGACCUGGAUCCUUUCAUUACUGAUGAUGUCUUUAUGAAGUGUGGCAAUGACCACUCAACAAAAACACCAAUUGUCAAAUAUCCAUACCUUUCCCUCUCCAAACAGAUCAAGUCUAUGCUGAAAAUACCAGGCCUCAAGGCCAUUCUUGAUGAUUGGCAUUCAAAACCCCAAUCAGUUGGCACAUAUACAGACAUCUUCAAUGCUGACAUGUGUUGCAAAAAGCUCAAAGAUCCUAACAGGCACCUUUUCUUCUCAAACAGUCCUGGUGAGAAAAGUGGACUGAAUGGUUCUCAUAUAUCCAGAGUAACAUUACCUCAUCUCAUUCAUCAUGUCCAACUUCAUUUUCAAUAUGUAAUCUCCCCCUGGAGUACUGGGCAUCUAGUUCACAUGAUCCUUGUUGCAGUCAUAUGUGAUGAACCUGCAGCUCAUAAGAUUGGAGGUUUUGCAUCCCACUUGCACACCUGUUUCUGUAUGACAUGUUGGAUCAUGACCUCCAACAAAGACAAACCCAGCGCAUUCCAACCAGGGGAUCAUUAUAGAUCCAAUGCACAAUCUUUUCUUAGCUCCUGUGGCAAGCUACCCACUGACAUUGGCAUGCUGCCUGGAGGUUCACUUACAGUGGACCAAUGGCUACUACUUUCUACUAUUCCUCAACUCUGGAGCACUUGUCUUCUAACUGAUGCCAGCAGCAAGGUUUUAAACCAGCACCUCGAUGUUAUUCAGAUACUGGAAACACAGAAACAGGUAGCAGCAUCACAUAAGGCUGACAACAGGAAAUCACUUGCCAAAGUGAAGAAACAAGGCACAGAUGCCUAUGCCCUGCAGAAAGCUCAAAUUGCACAGGAAAAGCUUGUGCUGGCUAAAGCAAAGAAGACAGCCAAACUCAAGGCAGCUGCAGCCAUGGAAGCAGAGAAGCUCAGGUUAGUGGCUAAAAAGAAAGCAUGCACUGCUUGGAAGGUACCAACUUUAGUGCUCAAAACUGUUGACAUAUGGUAA